AAUGUGGGUGUUUUCUAACUGCUGACCAGUCUUUUCUCACAACCUGUAGGACUGUCAUAUCCGUGAGACCUUUUCCCUGAAUGUGCUUGAAAGUGGAAAAUGGUUCAAAAAUGAUUGAUAGAGCAGGCAAACAGGACUGGCAAGCAGCCAUAUGGGAAUAGACAGAGUGAACGGAUAUGUCUUGUUUCCUUAGGAAAUUAGGAAAUUUCCUUAGGAAAUUGAACUUUGUCAUUUAUUAACUUUACUUUUUUGUGUAUGUUUUUACUAGUGAUGGAGACAAAAGCAUACCACAGCUACCCAGAAGGCUUAGAUAUGGAUAGACGGUGGGGUCAAGUUUCUCAGUCCGUGGAGUAUUCUUCUCUAGGUGCGGGAGAGCAGACUGAUAACAGUAACUACAUGGAGAUUGUAAGCGUAAGCUGUGCUACCGGCGCUUUUCCAAACAGCAGUGCUCAAGGAAACAACAAAGAAAAACCUGAACUACUCACUUGCCUGCAGCAAGACAGCCAUCCACCUGGUAUUUUGCCCUCUGACAUCAAAACUGAGACAGAGUCGAAGGAGCUCUCGACAACUGUAGCUGAAUCUAUGGGUUUAUAUAUGGAUUCGAUACGAGAUGCUGAUUAUCCCUAUGAGCAGCAGAAUCAGGGGAGCCCAGGGAAGAUAUACCAGAAUGUGGAGCAGCUGGUAAAGCUCUACAAGGAGAAUGGCCACUGCUCUUCCCCCCUGCACGGUGCCAGCAGGCCCUUGAGGUCUUUGAUGUCGGACUCCAGUAGCACCAUGAAUGGUGGUGCCAUGCACGCGAUUGUCAAAAGCCCUAUAAUGUGUCAAGAGAAAAGUCCGUCGAGCUGUAGUCCUCAGAAUAUGAAUUCCUCAGUGUGUAGUCCUGCUGGGAUUAACUCUGUGUCCUCAACUACUGCUAACUUUGGGAAUUUUGCAGUGCACAGCCCAAUUGGCCAGGGAACUCCCUUAUCCUGCUCGCCUAACAUUGAAAACCGGGGGUCAAUGUUGCACAGUCCUGCACAUGUUAGCAAUGUAGGGUCUCCACUUUCUAGUCCUAUAAGUAGCAUGAAAUCACCAAUUUCUAGUCCUCCCAGCCAUUGCAGUGUGAAAUCUCCUGUCUCAAGUCCUAAUAAUAUCACCAUGAGAUCUUCUGUGUCCAGUCCUGCGAAUAUGAACUCAAGAAGCUCCAUUGCCAGCCCUUCCAAUGCCAAUAACAGGUCCACUCGUUCUAGUCCGGCUGUUAGCACUGUGGGAUCUUCUAUCUGUAGCCCCGUAAACAAUUCUCUAGGAUUUCCUGCUUCUGGCACACCUGCUGGACCUAGCAGAAGCAAGGACAUUGUUCCUAGUCCAGAAACAAAAGAGAAAGGUGCUCAAGAAAUCACAUUUCCUAAAAUGGAGGAAAUGGAGAAUGCCAUCUCAAGCAACACUCAGAUGAACCUUGUUCAGUUUAUAAAACCCGAACCAGAUGGUUCAUUUGGUAGUGCAUGUAUUGGCGAAAGCAGUAAAAUAAAUUCUGAUUCCCCAUUUUCAGUACCAGUAAAGCAAGAAUCAACUAAACAUCCCUGUUCUGGUACCUCUUUUAAAGGGAAUCAAACAGUGAAUCCUUUUCCAUUUACAGAUGGCUCAUAUUUUUCUUUUAUGGAUGACAAAGACUACUAUUCUCUUUCUGGGAUUUUAGGACCACCUGUUUCUUCAUUUGAUGGAAAUUGCGAAGGUAGUGGCUUUUCAAAUCCAGGCCUGCCUGUGGGAAUUAAGCAGGAGCCUGAUGACGGCAGCUAUUAUCAAGAGAACAGUCUACCAUCCUCUGCCAUUGUUGGUGUCAAUUCAGGUGGACAGUCGUUUCACUACAGGAUUGGUGCCCAAGGCACGAUAUCCUUGUCACGACCUGUUGCUAGAGAGCAGACGUUUCAGCACUUGAGCUCUUUUCCCCCAGUCAGUACGCUUGUGGAGACGUGGAAAUCUCAUUCGGAGUUGGCAUCCAGAAGAAGUGAUGGGUAUCCAGUUCUAGAAUACAUUCCAGAAAAUGUGUCAAGCUCUUCAUUGAGAAGUGUAUCAACUGGAUCUUCAAGACCUUCCAAAGUGUGUUUGGUGUGCGGAGACGAGGCAUCUGGAUGUCAUUAUGGGGUAGUCACAUGUGGCAGCUGUAAAGUUUUCUUCAAGAGAGCAGUAGAAGGGCAGCACAAUUAUCUGUGUGCGGGAAGGAACGACUGUAUAAUUGACAAGAUUCGGAGGAAGAACUGCCCAGCUUGCCGAUUACAGAAAUGUCUGCAAGCUGGAAUGAAUUUAGGAGCCCGGAAGUCCAAAAAGUUGGGGAAAUUGAAAGGGAUGCAUGACGAGCAGCCGCAGCAGCGACAACAGCCGCCCCCCCAGAGCCCAGAGGAAGGGACUACGUACAUUGCUCCAGUAACUGAGCCAUCUGUAAACACAGCACUUGUUCCUCACAUGUCUGCUAUUUCACCAGCACUUACUCCCUCUCCCGUUAAGAUCCUUGAAAGCAUCGAACCAGAGAUUGUGUAUGCAGGAUAUGAUAGUUCAAAACCAGAUACAGCAGAGUACCUGCUCUCCACUUUGAACCGCCUGGCUGGCAAGCAAAUGAUUCAGGUGGUCAAGUGGGCAAAGAUACUUCCAGGAUUUAGAAACUUGCCUCUCGAGGACCAAAUUACUCUAAUUCAGUAUUCAUGGAUGUGUCUGUCAUCGUUUGCCUUGAGUUGGAGAUCGUACAAACAUACAAACAGCCAAUUCCUCUAUUUUGCUCCAGACCUGAUCUUCGAUGAGGAACGGAUGCGCCAGUCUGCUAUGUUUGAACUGUGCCAGGGAAUGCACCAGAUCAGUCUGCAGUUCGUUCGCUUGCAGCUUAGCUUUGAGGAAUACACUAUAAUGAAGGUCUUGCUGCUGUUAAGCACAGUUCCCAAGGAUGGUCUCAAAAGCCAAGCUGCAUUUGAAGAAAUGAGGGCAAAUUACAUUAAAGAACUAAAGAAGAUGGUAACUAAAUGUCCAAGUAACUCUGGGCAAAGCUGGCAGAGAUUCUACCAACUGACUAAGCUUCUUGACUCCAUGCAUGAUCUGGUUAGUGACUUGUUGGAAUUCUGUUUCUACACCUUCCGAGAGUCUCAGGCACUGAAAGUAGAGUUUCCAGCCAUGCUGGUGGAAAUCAUCAGUGACCAGCUACCAAAGGUGGAAUCUGGAAAUGCCAAGCCCCUGUACUUUCACAGGAAGUGAUAGAAAAUGUCUUAAAUGGAAGAACUUUGCCUUAAGUUUCCCUGUGUUAUUCCACACCCAUGAAGGACCCAAGAAACCAUAUUUUAAACAUGCUAUUUACACUUGUUCAGCCGUCUAAAAUCAAGAGAAAAUAGUCUAAAAUCAAGCGAAGAGUUUGGGGAAUGGAGAACAGUUGACCUGGAUUUGGCAAGACCUAGAUGUUUGGAAAUUACCCCUUACCCUAAAACAUUUAGAAAAAUGUUCCUGCUCCUCGGAUGAAAAGCCAUAUCUAGUCAAUAACUCUUUGAUUUUGAUAUUUUAACAGACGGAGUUUUAAAUAUGCCAUGUAGUUUCUGGUAUUGUUUGCUUGUUUUAAAAGGGUUCAAGAACUAAUGAGAACUUUUUAAAGCUUACCCUUGGUUUGCACAUAAAAACGUAAAGUCAAUAUGGGGCAUUAAUAUUCUUUUCUUGUAAAAAAGAAAAACAAACAAAACUAUAUAUACAUACGUACACACACACACACACACACAUACACAUACACAAAACCCUAAUGUGUAAAGUAAUAACAGAACAUUUGGUGUGGAAUACUCUGCUCUCCCCACCUGUGGCAUUUGUUAUCCCAUUUUAUCCCAUCAUAGCUGAUGAUAUACACUGUGUUAAGUGUCCAUUUACUAUUUAAUUAAGGAGGAUAAGAUAUGAAAACAAAUGCCCUGGUAUCAAUUUAUAGUAUCUAUUGUGCUGGCUUUACAAAUAAUUUUUUGCAGUCUUUUGCUGUACUGUACAUUGCUGUAUGUAUAAAUUGUGAAGGACCUGAAAUAAGGUGUAAGGAACUUUUGUAAAUGAGACAAAAAUCUUUAAUGGUUAAUAGGAUGAAUGGGAAAGUAUUUUUGAAAGAACUCUAUUUUGCUGGAGACUAUUUAAGUACUAUCUUUGUCUAAACAAACAAGGUAAUUUUUUUGUAAAGUGAAAUGUUCUGCAUGCAUAAUGAACCGUUUACAGUGUAUUUAAGAAAGGGAAAGCUGUGCCUUUUUUAGCAUCAUAUCUAAUUUACCAUCCUACAGUGUCUGUUGUAAAUAACCACACCUAACCUUUUUCUGUUGUAUUUAAGCCUUUCUGUUUUCCGCUCUAUUUCUCUUCCUUUUGUCUCUCGCUUGCAAGUGUACAUGACUCGAGCCCAUCUUAGAAAACCUGCUUCAUAUUUCUGUAGGAACCUACCUGCUGUUGAGUUUGCCACUUUACGGAGGUUUCAUUUAACAAGACAAACUACAGUCUCCCCAGAGCUUUUGCCAGCUUCACGAUACAGCCAGUUCUUGCCCUGGGUUCCCUCUCGCGCUCUCUCUCAGGGGAGUAAGGGUGAAUAGAUGUUGAAUGAUUUUUCUUUUUUUAUCAAGGUUUCCCAAAUUGUUUGUUUCUCCUUUGAUUACUGAAUACCUACAAGCUCCUAAAAGGUCAGAUCAUGAUUUCAGGUUGGCCAUUUCUGAUAAUGCUGAAAGGAACAUGCAGAUCACGGCAGAAAGUGUGCGGGACGGGCGGGCGCUGAGGAGGAGGAGGAUGGGAAGCUACGGAUAAGGGCAGAUGAGCUGAGUUGAAUUUUUAGUGAUAAAACAUGUUUGGUUUUGUAAGAAUUUUUGUAAUAACCACAAUAUGUCUGGAAAGACACUUGUUAACGCUACGAGUUCAACUCAGCUGUCUAGUUUUGUCUCAAAAAUGUUUUCUCUGGAGUAAACUGCAACGAAAAGCUUUUUGAGGUGAUUUUCACUAUUUCACAAUUUAUAAGCAAAUACAGAUUUUUGGAGUAGAAUAGAGGCCAGGUGAACUUCUCUGAGGCUCACUGUUGCUACCAUGUGCUGAUUUAAAUAGGAUAGUUUUUCAGAAUCCUAAUCCCUAGUGUUCUGUGUAGGUGACACUGAUAUUUAGGGGCUAGAGUUGUCCCUUGACUGGUCUGAAUGUAGCAUUUCUUUUUCAUGGUGGUCUAAU